AUGUCCAUAUUUCCUCUUGACUCCCACACUCAAAUGCAAUAUGCCGCCAGUGUAAUAUAUUCCAAAUCAAUCACCUUCCCCAACAUGAUCGCAAGAGUUGUGAUAAACUCUGCCCUAGAGCUGUUUAUGUUGCAAAUCGAGUGUAGUAGCGAUCCUUCCAUGGCUUCCUAUGUUUUGUCCAUCGUUUGGUGUGGCAUGUGGUACUUUUUCAAAUCCCUUUUAUCGGAACUACUGCUGGACUUGAAAGAUUCAAAUGCACUCUUUUUGUUGGUUUGCGCCAUGAUGCUACUUUCUAUUACCACCUCAAUAGUCAAAUCGAGCCGCUAUAUGCCUGCAUUUUUCAAGUACAUGACUAGCACUAGCUCAUUUGAUAUCCUCAAUGGAGUCUUACUGUUUCUUAUUGGGCUGCUUUUACUGGCAUAUUGCGGCGUAUUUGAGGCUAAUUCCUCUACUAACUUUGAGUAUUUCUCGCAUAAAUACAUUCUCAGGGCAAUCGCUCGGCUUUAUUACUUUAUCAGCCGAGAAUUUAAAAUAUCGGUUUCCAAAUUUAUCACAAUAGACUUUAUGAAAAUCAUGGCUAGGAUGAAUCUGCCUUCAGGCAUCACACAUCCCAUUUUGGCUUUGGAGCAUUUUUAUGCAGGUGUCAGGCCGGUAUUUCUACUUUUUGAUAUCUGCCCAAGAUUCCUUUCAGAGUUUUUACAAGAAUAA